AUGUCGGCUGUCAUGGGAGACGGCACAGAUUAUCCCAGUCCAAGAAGUGAAGGACCUACCGGGCCCAGUACAAUUCUCAUUCCUGCCGCCGAAUCACUCUCUCCAUCUACAAAGAUGACCGACCCCUUGUCAAACCUCGCAAACGUCUCUCCAGAUGCAACACGCCCGCGUCUGUCGGUGCGACGGUCCCGCGACCCUCCGAAGAACGAGAGCAAUCAGAUCUUCUGCGAUCACCCUGACUGCCAGUCUAAUCCCCCUACAUUCAGGCGGCCUUGUGAAUGGAAUAAACACAUGGACAAGCAUGACCGACCGUACAAAUGCAUGGAACCGGGUUGCGACAAGAUUCAAGGCUUCACCUACUCCGGCGGUCUUCUCCGCCAUCAACGAGAAGUCCACAAAAAGAAUGCCACAACAAAGAAGGCCCUAAUGUGUCCCUACACCGAUUGUAACCGCAGUACUGGCAACGGAUUUACGCGCCAAGAGAACUUGAAGGAGCAUCUUCGCCGUCGACACAUGCAUACAGAGGGUGGAAACUCCCCCGAGUUGUCCGUCUUGACUGUCGCAGAUGUUGAAGGCCUUAAGUCGACAUUUUUAGACCCCACAGCUGGCCUGAAGCGUAAACAUGACGAUACAACCGAUCCAGAGUUCAAUGGCGUUGAUGCAAUCGACGAGACGAACAGCGUGGAUCUUCACAAUGAGGUGAAACGGCUGCGCCGCGAAGUCGAAGAGAAAGAUCGUCGUCUCGAGGAGCUUGAGAAGAUAGUCGCAGGGUUGCAACAGUCGAUGCCUCAUCAUGGUCUAUCCGUUGUCCAUGUUCCUGGAGCAGAUGUAUAA